AUGGUCUUAGGACAAUUUCACAGCCUCCCUGAAGCUAUGAUGGGGUUCCUUAGCAGAGUGGAGAAACCAGAACUGGAGGAGCAGCCAGAAUGCAGAGAAGAAAAAAGAGGCUGUCUGCAUGUUUGGAAGUCUGAAUUGGUUGAAGCUGAAGAUGAUGUGUAUCUGAGGCACAGCUCUUCCCUGACUCAUGGGCCUUGA